AUGAAGUUCCAUGUGUUUCCCUGCAAGCUCCCACCUCCUCAGCGAGAGAACAAAGCUGUGCGAGGUUAUUAUACGAGGGCUCAACUCACAGACGCCAUCAGAGCGGUCAUUCGUCGGAGGAUGACAGUGGCAGAAGCUGCAGUAUUCUACAAAAUCCCUCGACCAACUCUUCAGAAGAAAGUGGCAGCAGCCAGGAAUCAACAUGAGUUAGCACACAAGUAUCGGGUUAAUGGAUUCGGCUAUGAUAGUAAUAACGAAGGUGUCCUUUCCCAACAGCCUUGUAUGCAGGGAUAUGAUCAGCCAGGAAGCAGCAGCGAAUGUUAUCAAGAAGCGAGCGACAUGGUUGUUGCUGCUGAAUGUGAAAUUGUUUCGUCUUCUCCGGACACCAUUUGUACAAACAACUUUCUGACAAAGCCUAUUGUAACAACGAAUAGAAUUGUUCGUGAAAAUCCAUAUACAUCGCGAAUAAUAAACAGUGAUGAAGAGGUUAAACAUCAUCUGAUACAGCCGAAAAGAUCGCAAAUCAACAGAAUUGUUAUUAAAGCUCCCUCAGGAGAAAUUUUGAAGCAGUUUGUUCUCGAAGAGAAGCCAAAUGACUUAGAUGGUAGAUUAGAUAGAGCUUGGCAUCCGGAGCAACUAUUGGAAGAGCUUACCGAGGAGACUUCAGAAGAAGACAUAAACGUUGAACACUAA